GCGGCCAGACGAAGACGAAGCCCUCCGCGCUGAUUUCCUUCCAAGAGUAAGUCUCCCGCCGUUGGUUCAACUAUCUGCCCCCGCGCAGACGAAGACGAAGCCCUGCGCUGGUUCAACUAUUCGCUGCGCCUCCGAGACAAAGCCCUCCGCUGAUUCAACAACUAUUCGCUGCCUCGCAGGUUCUCUUUGGUUUAAAAGAGGAUUUUAACAUUGAGAGCUACGACGUCACUUCUCUGUCUCUCGCUUCCCCCUUUUACAAGUUAAGGUAAGGAUGAACCACACAGGAGCAGAAGAAAACAUAUCUGAACUGAAGAAGAAGAAGAAGAAGAAGAAGAUGCACCAAACUUAUUUAGACUUUUUAGCAAGGGUUCAACUUCUUAAUGAGAUAGCUGUUGUUGGGCAUAGGUAUCUUGUUGGCUUUCAUCAACGAUUGGAUGUUCUUUGUCAGUCAUCAAUUAACAAAACUUCAGAUGUGGUGGAGCGCCUUCUGCAAUCUAAUGAAUCUAAGAGGAUUAUAUCUUAUGUUGAAGCUGGUUGUAAGACUCUUCACAACACCACUCUGUAUAUGAGAAGCUUGCAUACAUGUCAUCUCGGAUUGCAAGAUUACCUCAACAAAGCUAAGGACAUAGUGGUCGAACUAGAAUGCCUCGUCAAUGAAGCAACAAGUACGAUUCAAACAGCAGAUGAGGGAGAGUUGGAAUUGUCAGAAGAGGAAAUUGUGCCUUAUGAUAAUGAUAAUGAUAAUGAUCAGGAACCUGAAAUAACUUACUAUGCAACUACAAUGAGUAUUCUAUAUAGCAUGGUGAAGCAGGAUUACACUAUGAAGAUGCGAAUAAUUUCUUCUCUUACUCUGAAGACCACCUCAGAAGAAUUGGAGAGUUAUACUAAGCUUUGGCAAUUGCAACCUUUCAUAGAUGAUGAUCUAUUGAAUCAGGCUGUUUUACUUAUCAAAGACAAGAUAUUAAUCAAUAAGCAUGUGACAGAUAAUUGAACUGGAUAUG